AUGUCGCUGGCCGAGAAGGUAGAGAAGUUGCGCGACUUGGUCCGCUUGAUCAACGACGCCUCCGAAACGGUCAUUCGGGAAUGGCAGGCGGAGGCGAAGGAUACAAAUAUCGAUCCAACGACCUCGCUGCUCCCCUCUGUCGAGCUGUUCAAUGCAAGGAGGAGUCUCGUGGGUGCCUGUGGCAUGGUGUCUGACAUAGUCGCAGAGCCGCAACACCGUCUCAUGGAGAUAGCCUCCGAAUUCUAUAUAUCGAGGGCUCUGCAUAUCGCGGCGGAAGGUCGCAUCGCCGAUAUACUGGUAGAUGCGGACCCCAUCGAAGGCUUGCAUAUCAAGGAAAUUGCUCUCAAAGCGGGUGUCGAACAGCGGAAACUAGCAAGAGUGUUACGCUGUCUUUCCUCCGUGCAUGUGUUCAAAGAGGUCAAGGAACUUCACUUCGCCAAUAGCUGGACAUCGCAGGCCAUCGCCGGUAAUGAUCCACUUCGAUGCUGGCUCUUGACUAAUGGACUGGAUGUCUACGCCGCAUCCGAAGGCCUUCUGAGAGUGCUCUUCGACCCAGCACGCACGACGUCCGAUUCGCUCUAUGAUACGGCCUUCAACGAAGCGCAUCAGACGAAACUGAGCUUUUGGGAGUUCCUCGAACGAGGCGAGGAACAGCCGGAUGGGACCGUGAAGCCUCGGCACGGACUGGAGAUAUUCAGCCUUGCUAUGUUGGGUGGGGGCCGAGUACACGCGCCUCCGUUGUACGCGGACUACCCCUGGGCCGCGCUUGGGUCGGGAACCGUGGUUGACGUGGGAGGAGGCGUAGGCGGAAUGUGUUUAGAACUAGCGAAGCAAUACCCUGACCUCAAAUUCGUUCUCCAAGACAGGCCACCGGUGAUAGAGAAGGCCAAAGCUGUAUGGCAACGCGAGCUGCCCGAAGCCAUCGAAACGCAGCGCAUCGCGUUCAUGGAGCACGACUUCUUCAAAGAACAGCCUGUCAAAGGCGCCGAGGUCUACUUUAUGCGCAACGUCCUCCAUGACUGGCCAGACAACGAGUCAUGCACACUCCUUAAGCAUCUGUACAAUGCCAUGGGCCCGCAGUCCCGCAUUCUGACGGCCGAUCAAGUCAUCCAUACAACGGUCGGUUCGAAAUACCUGAAGCCCGCGCCCUUGCCGCUGCCGGCGAACUACGGAUACGCGCACCAACUGGCGCAUAUCCGGGAUAUGAACAUGAUGACGCUGUUCAACGCGAAGGAACGCACGCCAGAGGACCUUGACGAAUUGGCGCAGCGGGUGUCGUUGAAGGUGGCGAAGGUAUGGGAGUGCCGCAGCAUGAUGUCGAUUACGGAGAUGAGGAGGCACGAAGACCUCACGGCUACCGGGAGCGCUGUGUAG